AUGUCCGAGAAGAUCAAAGAUGCAGUGCUUGCUGAGGUCAAGAGCAGUCAAGCAAUUGCCCAUGACGUGAUCACGUCUGGCGCGUACUUGUAUCCAUUCAAGGGAAUUGUCUACUUCGCAGUCCACAAAGACCUCUGGCGCCCUUUUAUCUCGCGCGCUGGCCGAACCAUCACACUGGGAGUAGGGGUCACGACCGUCAUGUUCCUCUUCACGUACGUGCCGCAGAUGGCCAUCAUGGCCUUCACCAGUGGGCCGCUCGCUGCUAUUUCCGCAGCAAUUCUCGUUCUCGGCGAAAGUUCCGCCAUAACAAGCGUCCUCUCACGCUCAUUCCUUAUCGAAGAUGCCCUGAUCGACACCUUCGACGGCACCCUAGUCGCGCGUGACCAGGAGCCACUUGUAGCACAAGGACGCCAGAUAAAACCCCGUUCGGGAGGGAGAGAUGCGAUGGCUAGACUGGGUAAGAUUUUCACGCGGCCUCUCGCGCGGCUGAACCCCCGGGCGCUGCUGCGAUCAUUGCUCUACCUGCCCCUGAACCUCAUUCCUGUGGUCGGAACAGUGUUGUAUAUCUUCAUGCAGGGGAAAAGAGCAGGGCCGAUACUUCAUGCUAGGUAUUUUCAGCUCAAAGGCUGGGAUUCUACGAUGCGAGAGGAAUGGGUGAAGAAAAACCAGGGCGCGUACACUGGACUUGGAAUUGCGGCGUUUGUUUUGGAAAUGGUACCAUUUGCCUCGAUCGCAUUUUCAUUCACGAAUACUGUUGGCGCGGCUCUCUGGGCUGCGGAUUUGGAGAAGGCAACUAAGUAG